AUGACGAGUUUAACGCUCCUCCCAUUUCGCAAGGGGUUGGGCGAACCGAGGCGGAGUGUCUCUGAUGUCCCGGAUCGUGCCCUCCCCGGACUGGUUCAUCGGGAUCGACAGCUUCGACCUCUGCGUCAACGGGAAUUGGCUCGACAGCAUCACCAUAGAGGUGGACCCAGUAGACGCAGGUACCGACAACGGAUUCACAUUCACCGCCCCGAACUGGCCGACCGAACCGCAAGGAGAAGCGUACAAAAUCACCGCCCAUUACCCCGCGCACCCGGCAGGUUCCUUCUUUUACCCUUACCUGAAGAGGCUACCACCCAUCGCCACCUUCCAGUGAAAGAAUAUGAACUGAGCGAAGUAUUCCAUCACGCUGAAGAUGACCACAACUACGAACUGAUGAGAGCUGAUCAACAGAACACAAUAAGUGUGAUGAAUGGUAACAGUGACCUGGAAACGGCAAUACAGGAAGAAAGAGAAGAACAGGAGAGGCAUCCUAACAAACCUAAGCCAAGACCUAGAGGGAAUCUGAAAGCUUUCACAGUGUCGACACCUUAUAGCACCACUACGAGGUCGAAAUAUAUUACUGAAUCUGAGAGGCUAGAAAAUACGAUAAAUAAGAGCGAUGCGUCCUUAUCAGUGACGUCACCAGCAAUUCCUGCAGUUGUGCCACGUGGCGACAAAGACGCCAUCAUGAACAGUAUCGCCGACUCCUACUUAGCACACAAAGAACACAUCAAGCGCAAGAAAUACAGAAAAAACAGGAAGCCAUACCCCAAAAAAAUUCGUCCGCCUAGAGACUGCCGCGUGUCAGAAUGGUCCGAAUGGUCGAUGUGCAGCAAAUCAUGUGGCAUUGGAGAGAUGCAAAGGCGCAGGGAAGUAGUCAAACAUGCCAGGAGGGGGGGCAGAAUGUGCCCCCCGUUGGUCGAGACCAAAUGGUGUGGCUCUGCCAGAUCAUGCAACAAAGAGUAUUUCAGCUGGUAGACCACCAAAGGACCUAUUGGAAGUGUGAGUGAGUGUCAGUGCUUGAAGUCACGUGAAGUGUUCUGACAUAUUUGUGUACAGCACCAAUGGAUUAAGUCUGCAGUGCAACAAGCAAUCAGUUCUCCUCCUUUUCUAUCGCUAGGUUGCUGUUACGACAAGAUCAUGCCAAUUUAGUGGCAAUCAUAGACUUCCGGUCCUAGUCGAAUCUGUUCAUUGUGAUGAUGUGUCGUAUAUUUCGGUACCAUGGUUGAACAAACAAACCGAUGUCAGAAUGCAGUUUUUGUAAAAUCCAUACUCAGCAACUUGCACUAUAUGAGAUUUAUUUAUCUUGCACAUUGAAUUCUAUGAUCAACUAGCAAAGAAGUUUACACAGAUAAAUAUGUUCUUAAUACUCGGUCACAGUAAGAAUGCUGAUCGAGGAGGUGUUUUUGCUUUCAAAAUACUUGGGAAACUCCCAACUAAGCAUACUUGUUUUUUUCGCAAUUUUUCAGUGAGCAGAUUCGACUCGUAUGAAGAAACAAUAUAAGUUGUCAUCAAUGUUAUUUUAAGAUACGCGAUGUUGAGGUGACACAUCAAAAAUAUAUUGACAUUACCCAAAUGUCCCUGCGUUUAGCUGUAUAAUACACACUAUCAUGAGUAUUUCUAACGAUAAUAACUAUUUUAUAAGGAGAGACAAUCGAAUUUUCUAGUACUUGAGAAAAUUGAAAAUACUGCCUGAAAGAUAUUUUAGUACCAUCGGUAUUCAUAUUGUACGACAGUUUGGACAAAAAUUGUUGACUUUCUGAAUCGUAAAUGUAGGAAGAAUCUUAGACAUCAAUACUAUAGUUUUACCACUAUGAAGAUGUUACAGACAGUGAAUCGUGUUAUAAUAUAUUUUGUGUGUGAUACAUCUUACUUCAAAAGUCCAAGUAACGCUUUUCUAACAACAAAAUAGGCUUCGAGAAUAUAAUUAUCUAAAUAGAUAAUCAAAAAUUAUGAGGACUCAAACUUAAUAAGUUUCGAAUAAUACGCAAUGUGAAAAUCUUUAGCAAUCCACCAAAUUUCUGUUACUGUCAUAAUGGCUCAAAAUUUUUUAGCUUUCUCGAAUUUCCAUUUCCAAAACUUUGAUGUUUUUGAAUUUUUAUAUACAUUAUUACCUAAGAAUUCGGUUAGCUAUAAUUGUGUUUUUCACUUAUUUAAUUUUGCUCCGAAUUGCGUAUUUAUUCGUACUUUUAAGAAAAGCGUUACAUUAGCAGUUAAAUUUUUAUCAAAACUGCUACUAAAACUUAUCCCUAAACUUAAGUCUAAACUAAGUGAGUUUUGACUUCCAAAUAUAUUUACAUGACGGUUUCAUCAUUACGAUGUAAUAAAGCUCUUUGGCUUUUUCGUAUGUUGAACCGAAACUUAUGUUUUGUAAAUAUUUUAAAAUAGGUACAAAAUGGUAGAGUUAGCACAAAUUGUCAAUGAGAAUUUUUAUGAAACAACCAUUUAUAUAUGUAGAGCUGUUAAGGAUGUUGUGUUCUGUUAAUCUUAAUAAAAAUAUUUCCGUUGCAUGAUGAGAUAUUUUUUAACAUUAAAACGGUUGCAAACGUACCAGGCCGUACAAGCUAAUAGAAAAAAUAUCAGUUAAAAUAAUAACAAUAUAUACAUCAAAGGACUGCUAAGUUAUCUUCUACUAGAAAAGUAUCUACAGGAUGUCCCAGCCUAAAUAUAUCGAAAACUGUGCAAUCCAGAAACUAAAUGUUCAACAAAGUUUAUAGGGUUUCGAAGGAGCAACAUGAUGAUGAUGGCCUUGACAAUAACAUUGAACACUACUUUCAAGAUCAUUUCAAGGUCAAUUACAUAUUUUCAAAUAGAAUCCCCUUUUUUCGCAUCGAAAUUGAAAAGAUGAGUAAAACUCACGUCCGAAUAUCAUCUUGACCAUGACGUUGUGUAUGACCUUCAAAACCACUUCAAGGUUCAAUCAAGGCAUCGAAAACAGUUUGCUCUAUCAAAAAUGCUCACACUGCAAAGCACAGUUGAGAGGCUUCUGGCGGUCAUCCAAAGGUGACCUUGAACAAGACUUCAAAGUCAAGUCAAAAUUUUCAAAAGAAGCGUCUCAUUUUCUUAGUGGAGAUGGAAGGAGCAGGACAUUUGCGUCCGAAUUGACCUUGACCUCAAAUAACAUUUACAUUGAGACAACCUUGUCUUCGAGGUCUAACAGCUCACAUUCGAGCGUAACAUUUCAUUAUUUUCCCAUUUCCCGUGUAUAAAUGAGAGGUCAUGCCCAUUGAUAAGGGCAUAAUUAAAGUCAUAGUCAGGGACAUGGUCAAAGCCAUGGUCAAGGUCAUGGUCCAUCAAGGUCAUGGUCAAGGUUAUGAUCAAGACACAUUUGAGUGAUCCCCUACUGUGCUGUCGAACAUUGUUUGUUAGAGAUAUUAUUUUCAACGACUUGAUUAAAUCUCGAAAUGUCAAUGUCAUAUUGAUGGUCACAUUGGAUGUGGAAUUUGCUCCUCUUCCCGAUUCCGUGCGUACUUUUAGAAAUAUGUAGGUGGGGAAAUUAAAAUGGGACAUCCUGGGAAAAUACGAUUAUAGUAUAAUGUUAUAAUGUUGCAAUAAAUAUAAGAUUAUAUAACUUGAACAUUCUGUACUUUUGCAGCUCUUUAAGAUUCAUUUUGAAAAAUCCAUUAUGCAACCUCUGUAAGUCUUCUCCUUUUCAUGUGUUUACUCAAAACGAAAGGCAUUCUAAUAAGAAAAAACAAAAAAAUCGAUACUCUUACAACGUGCAAGACAAAGUAUGUUUAACUGUUAGAAUGUUUCAAUCAGUGUCGCUCUGUGUAAACCAAAAAUAACUUCUUGAUAUAUAAGAUAAUUUUAUAUUCGCUGAUGUGAGUUGUAUAUGUAUGUAUAUGUAAUGUACUGACAUACCAGGUGAUUCAAAAGAAAUAUAUAAAAUAAGGAAAAAUGAUUGUGUAUUUCGUACUUAUGUACAUUUAACCAUUUUUUCUUAUUUAUAUUAAAAUAAUCAGUUCAUUAGGGGUUGUGGUUAGUUUUGAGUCACCAAGUAUUUAAUCUUAUUUGGUUUUCACAUACAUCUCCGACUAAUGUGUACUAUAUGUAAUAUAUUUUUUCGUUUAAUUUACAUCAUCUUUGGCUCAUGUAUUCAAUGAAAAAUCAGUAAACG